CAUUAACAUUUACUGUUAUUGGUACUGGUCUUCUUUGUAUGAUUAUAUUUCAUGUUGGUUUAAACGAAUCAGAAUUACCAGCUGAAGAAUCAGAACAUCGUUUACAAUUAUCUAUAACUUCUAGUGGAAGAUUAAGACGAAUGACAUGGAAAAAAUUUUUUACGUGA